AUGGCCCCCACUUGUGGCGGCCUGUUGUCCGUGGCCGUCCAUCACACCAACUACCUACACAUCUAUGACAUCCAUAUUGUAACUGUUGGCCUGCACCUUGCAGGCAGCCUGAUUCAAAGCCUGAACGGAAUGGAGUACACAGCCCCUGGCUCAGCCUCUCGCACAGCCCUCUACAAAGCCUUAUCAAAAGCCUUCGUGAAAGCCUUGAAGAUGGCCUCAUUCACGACCUCCAUGGCCCCCUCGAUAGUGACAGAAAAAAUCAAACUCCUCACCACUCAAAUUCCGCCCCCUCAAUUGACACCUUGUGCCUUUUGGUCUGCCCUGGUUCUUCUGCAAGCUACCCCGCCCACUUGGUCUUUGCUGAGAGUUCAAAUGACUGAGUAUCAGUAUAGCCCCAUCCCUCAUGGCAAGGGGGUAAUCCGACUUCUUCGACUCUUGAAAGGUUUCACAUGUGAAAGAGUUCAUUGCGAACUCUUCGAGGUUGCGGCCUGGAAACCGGGCGACAUUACAUAUGAAGCACUGUCCUACACUUGGGGAACACCACCCGCUACUACAACACCUGAAGAUGAUACAUCUCGACAAUCCAUGUCAAAGGAUACCUCUUCGAAAGAUUCAGAACCUGCGGAAGAUAUCACGCUUGAAGAGAUUACCAUCCAGAAUCGAAGUGGGCCAUCCACAAUGAAGAUUAAACCGAAUCUACAUUCCGCUCUGCGGUACUUGAGGGGAGAGAAUCAAGAUAGGAUUCUUUGGGCUGAUGCGAUCUGCAUCAACCAGCUCGACGCCGUCGAAAAGGGGGAUCAGAUUGGGCAGAUGAGAUAUAUCUACGAAAACGCCGAGCAAGUCCUUGUCUGGCUUGGCCAAGGAGAUGAGAUGACUGACAAGAUCUUGGGCUCAAUCCAUGACCUGCACGAGGAAGCAUCUGCCAGACAUGACAACUGGAAGGACCCAAAAAAGCUGCUUACCAUCUGCGGGCCAAUCUUUCGACAGCGACUAGAGCUGACACCAACAAAUGAGUAUUGCAAACAGCUCGAGGCGCUUCAAGAGCUGUUCAAAAGACCCUGGUUUCAACGCAUCUGGAUCCUCCAGGAAAUCGCCAGCGCCCGUGCCGCAACAAUUGUGUGUGGAUCAAAAUCUGUUCCAGGGUACAUUUUUGCGCUAAUGCCCUCAAUCCUUGGGCUUGAGAUUGAUGAUCACACGCAAGCUAUUUUGGACAUUAUGCCUGGGAAACAGCGAAGUCAGUCUUGGUGGUCUGACAGGCGCGACCUUCAUUUCCUGCUGAAGAAGUUUGCCGCUUGCCAAGCUACUGAGGCUCGAGACAAGGUUCUUGCUCUUUUGGGCAUCUCAUCAGAUGCCUCCAGCCCCGAAGUGUUUCGUCCCGAUUGCCAGAAGACCCUACAAGGAGUGUGCCGCGAUACCCUCUGCUUCCUACUUUUCGGCAGGGUUCUCCCAUCAUCGGUUAUUACGCUUCCGAAUCCAUCCAUCUCCGAGUUGGUCGAUUACCUAGAUGACAUACCCCGUUUGUCUCAUUGGACUUUUAAGUGGGCAGUUCAUGAGAGACAUGACUUGACGUCGAUCUACCUGUUGGAAGUCGGUGGAUAUACAGCACCAUUCUUGACCGUGGGCAACUUGAUAGAACACGGGGGUCAUCUCACGUUGAUCAUGCACCUCUUUUCCAAUAAUCUUGUUGACGAAGCCUCAACAAACAGAUCAGGAGAGCGUAUACUAAACAUUGCUGCAAGAAUGGGAGACGUGGAGGUAGUUCGCUUCCUCCUCGGGCGCCCCAAUACCCAGCUAAACCACAGAGAUAACGACAAUCUGACCCCGCUGGCGAUCGCAAUAAUCCACGGACACUUUUCUGUAGUGGAAUUAUUAUUGGCUCAGAGGCAAGUCGAUGUUGCCGGAGGGGGGGUUCUUGGAACUACUCCUAUUUCACUGCCCUAUCUUCAACAAAAUUCGGAUAUGACACUGGCUCUGAACACUGGAAAUCGAUGCAUGGUUGAGGAAGUUUUGCGAGGGAAAAGGCUGGUUCAAAUCAACCGCGCUUUGCUGGCAAUCAUGGCACGAGACAACAACAAAGCCGGCUUGAAGGCUCUGAUCAGCCGCGGCGUUCACUACAAUAGUAGGGAUAGGUAUGGACGGACGCCAAUGAUGCGGGCCGCCAUGAAUGGCUGCAUAUCGACGCUGCAGAUUUUGGCUACAGAGGAUUCUCAUGGCUUUGUCCCACGCGAUGACCAUGAUUUCGAAGGCAGGACAGCUCUUUCAUACGCGGCUGAAACAGGAGAACUGUCUGCAUGCUAUUUGCUAAUGUUGCGCGGCGCGGAUAUCGACAAGAAAGAUCACGGCGGCAAGUCACCAAGGGAUUGGGCGCAAGACAAAGUUGCACUGCAUGAGACCUGGAUUACAAUGGAGCUCGAUGACCCAGAAUUUCUAGGAGCUCGAGAGGAAUUGGGGGGGCGUAGAUGGUGCGAUAUAGCGGCGCUGGUGUGCAGUACGUGGCUUAUGGUCACUCAGGAUAAAAAGUCGCGGGAUUCAGACGUCAAGCGGGUGUUUAACUAUAUCCAGCGUCAGAAGCGCAGAAUAGAACCCAAACGCGAAGAUGAAAUCCCCUCAACGAACAGUUUGUCUCCUCGACAACUUCGAAACAAACCGACCAGCGAAGAAGCAAACGACAACGCCAACGGCAGCGACUACAAGAUCUCUGAAGUCUUCAAGAUGUUUCGCAAGUCUCCCCGAUCCUCUUCUCCCAAGAAGCCUCGACCCUCCACCCCGAAGAAACCCUCCCUGCGACGACUCUUCUCGACCCCCGACAAGAUGGAGACCCCUACCAAGGACGAGACCACCCCCAUCGCCAACGCGGAGUCUCCUCCCGCCCCUGCUCCCCCCGUCGAUUCGGAGCUCGCCAAGGCCGAGACUUUCAGCAUGGAGCAGAUCCGUCGCGCUCGUAACCCCAUCAUGAACAUUGCUGUUCGAGGCACCAUCAACCGCUUCAGCCUCGAGUUUUUCCUGCUCCCCGGUGAGCGUCGCAGCCGAUCCCACGUCCUGGUCGAGCUUGAUGAGAAGAUUCGCUUCCGUGACUCUGAGGGUAACGUCGCUGACAUCAAGGGUCUUGCCAUGUGGAUGAAGAACGUUGGCGACGAGUUUGACGGCGAGCUUCAUGUUCGCUACGUCGUUGAGGGUCGUCACUUUGUCGAGCCCCUUGCUCGUUUCCAGUUUCCUCUCGUCAACGCUACCAAGCCUGUUUCUGAGCACGUCACCACCAUCGAUGUCAUCAACGUUCUUCAGGGCCUCAUUGGCGAAUUGCCUGCCAUUCACCGCAAGACUCUGACUCAGUUCACCUUCCGCCUUCACAAGGGCCGCCUCCUUGGUUGCCGUGAUGCCGUUACCCAGUGGAUGAUCCGCCUCAACCUCGCCGGUAUGGUUGGUUGGCACUACACCCACCAGGAGGUCGAGAACGUCGAGUACAUCGGACGCCAGGCAGUCAGCGGCCGCGGUUUCGACACCAUGAUCGACCAGAACUUUGCUUCUGACAUGGUCCGCGACGAGUGGGGUUACCUCUCCGUCAUCGUCAAGAUCUCGCCCGUCUGCCGCGCCAUCUGGCAGCCCAACACGUACCGCGUCAUCAAGCACGCCGGCAAGGAUCUCCCUUACAUGAAGGACGAGAACGACAAGGUCGUCUGCACCGAGCAGUGGAUCCCCAACAAGGACUAA